ACAGCACUCGCCUGACCUGGGAGCAGACCCAGACCUGCAGGUGAAGGUGGUUGUGUUUAGAGCAGCGGGUGAUUUCCUGGGAAGAGCAUAAUUAACGUGACACGACUGCAGGGAUUAAACCAGUGCCUCCUUGCCUGUAGGGCUCUCAUACUGACUCAUAAAUGCUAACUUUGGAGACCUGUCCUCCAGGAGAUCCAGAAGAGUGGUCUGGAGAGCCAAGUUGUGGUAAACCUAGAAGAGACCAGGCAAUAGGAGUGGCAAUGGGCAGCCAACUGCAGAAGAGACAAGUGUACUGGCCAUACAGCCGCUUCCCCAAACCGUCAGAGAACGGCAAGAAGUGGAUUAUGGGAAUUGCACUUGGCUUGCUUCUGGCUUUGAUAAUUAUUGGAGCCACUUUAAUUGGAGUUUACAUGACGCAGAAACACACAGAGAUGAUGGUGACAAUGGCCUUUGAGUCCCAGGAUGGGGAAAGCAGCCAGCAGACAGUUUCGGUCGAUGAGCGGGAAAACGUAGCUGUCAUCUUUCUAAGCACGGAGAAAAACUCAGCCACGGUUCUCUUAGAUUACACACGGAACAUCAUUGGAAUCCGGAUGUCAAACAGCAGCCAGUGUUAUGUACUGAGAAUGAAUGAAUUCAGAACCCCCUCUAUACGUGAUAUACUGGGCAGGAUAAAGAACUUCCAGGCAAAUAAUAUUCCCGUUGAUGAUAAAAUAACCUACAGCUUCAUAUCGGAUGAAGAAGCAAAGCCUGCAGCUCUUGGGAUCAAUGUAAAUAUUCUCUGCAGCGAUGUCGCCAUCUACUGGGCCAAAACGGUGAAUCUAAACUAUGGGAAACGGAGGCAAGAUAAGGUUGUUAUCAUAAUUAUCACUUAACGUCCAGGAGUUGAAAACCUCCCCGGUCACAGGAGUCCAGACUCUGAAUAAACAUUGCGCUUCCCUCUUCCAUUGUGUGCAGUCUACAAGUGAGGCAAGAACAUGAUACACGAAGCCAUGGAACACACUCACUCCUGUAAGGACAUGGCCUUAAUGAUGUCCUAUAAUACCCUCAAUUAUCCAUGUAACAGUGAUCAACAAAUUAUUUGUAUCUUUUAUUGUGCGCAAAACCAGCACUUCAAUUCCUUUCCUUUACAGAGGGCUUCCAACUUCACUUAACUAUGACGGCUUGUGCGCGUCAUCCUGCAACAUUUAUUAAAUCGAUUGCUUGA